ACAACAACAAGCAUUAUGUGUAUGCUUGCAGUAGAGCUGUCGUUAUGUGAAGCCCGACUUUACAGCCAUCAUUACAUGAACCCUGCUUAUAUAAGGCCAAGGCCCACUGUACUCAUACUACAUAAUAUCACACGCAUCUGCAAACUUCUGUGUUUCGAACUCAGUUGACUUAUUCUUGACUACGAGAGUGAGAAGAUGAAAGCUACAGUACUCCUGUUAGCCUCUGUAAUAGCUGUAUGGAUGUUCUCUCCCGACAGCGUGCAAGGGUCGUACCUCCUCACAACAACUUGCCCUACCGUCACAGGUGCAGCGGGUGCUGACUGCACCAGCACCUGCACAUCAGACAGUGACUGUGACACUAGCAGCAAGUGCUGUGACAACGGAUGUGGCGGGAAAAAGUGCACUGUCGUCAAGGCCAGCUGCAGUGUUGGUGACAAGACUAUACCCCACCACGGGAUGAUGACGUACAACUCCAGGGACGAGAACGACUGUGGCUUCUGCUGGUGCCAGAACGGACAAAAGGAGUGUCUCGAGCAGCGAUGUAAUGGCGCCAUAGUUUGAUCAACAUCCUAGGCCACUUACACCUGUGUGGGCUACUACAAGUCCAUGUGUUCAACUAGUUUACCUGCUGACCGAUAAAUAAACGUGAUAUAAAAUUUGUUUACUUUGAGUUUUGUACGCACGCGCUGUGUUAAAGUGAUUCUUGUCUCAUAUUUGUUCUUUUACACACACACAAAAUUAUGUCAUGUUCAUCACGGUUAAAUUAAACAUUUUAAAACAAA